UUAAACUCCUCUCUCUCUCUCUCUCUCUCGCCUCGCGUUCAAGGAUGCCAAUAUGAGCUUUUGUCCUUAAUUGCGUAUACAUAUAUACACAUACAUACAUAGGUAACAGUGCUCUUGCUACCUCCCAGCCACUAUACAACAACAUAUCCCAUCUCUCGUUUUCAAAUAUAUACUGCAGAGACCGUAUAUACGUGGCUCAGAUGGUUCGGCCGCGCGACCCCGGUGAGGAUGCCCUCGAGGACCACCUUCUACCCCCGCGGAUCUCCUUCCGCCUCGUUACCCGCGAAUCGACUCGUUGUUGUUUUUGUUGUUGUUGCUGAUCUUGCUGUUACCUCUACUUUGGCCGCUCGAGCGCAAAGGACCAACAGUUUAGCGCUGUGAUGCCAGAACAACGAUUGAAGCAACCAUGGGCCUGUGAACGAGAAUGUUGCCCGUGAGAUUUAUCCGAGUGGUCUUGGUGCUUCUCGGGAGCUUUUGUAUACAACACCACCACCACCACCACCAGCAGCAUCGGUACGGCGCUUACGCGCACUCGUUCGACUCUACGAGGAGAAACAUGGGAGGGUUUACGGGGUUUAAUAACCCCACGAAGUUGCGGGACAAGCCAUACUUCGACGACACCGUGGCUCGCAACGUCACCGCCAUCGUCGGCACUACGGCCGAGCUGAACUGCCGCGUGAAGAAUCUCGCCAAUCGCACGAUAUCUUGGAUUCGGCAUCCCGACUUGCACAUCCUGACCUCGUCGGUGUACACCUACACCGGGGACGAGAGGUUUUCGGUCUCGCAUCCCGAGAUGUCGGACGAGUGGACCCUCAAGAUCGUGCACGUACACCCCCGAGACGCCGGAGUUUACGAGUGUCAAAUUAACACGGAGCCUAAAUUAAACUUGGCUUUCGCCCUGCGAGUCGAAGCGGCCCAGGCGGUAAUAAACCCUCCCGACGUGCACGUGAAAAAAGGCAGCACCAUAAGCCUCGUUUGCACGGUUAACGUGCAAAGCCACCCGCCGAGCAGCGUAUCGUGGCUCCACGGCACUUCUCUCGUCGACUUUGACAGUCCGAGGGGCGGUAUAUCCCUGGAAACCGAGAAGACGGAGAACGGCACGACUAGCCGGCUCAUGAUGACCCAGGCCCGGCUCAGCGACAGCGGAAAUUACACCUGCGUGCCCAGCAACGCGAAUCCGGCUACCGUUGCGGUUCACGUUCUCAAUGGCGAACACCCGGCGGCUAUGCAACACGGAGGUACGGCUGACAACCGGCUUCGGGCGGUAUUCCUUGUACUGAUCACUUUGCUGAGUUACAUGGUCGCGCAAUGACAGCUCCUCACAGUGAUGCCCGACAAAACGACAGUUAUACCGUUACGAUGAUGAACUUUUUUUAUCAUUGACAAUAUUGUACCCCACGUGUUGUACGGUGCAUGGGAAAAAAAAAAAACAUGUACUAAUACGACUUGUUGAUCGGCAAUUCGAUCGAUGAAAAAAAAUAUAUAUAUAUACAUAUUGUGUUGUUGCUGUUGCAGUGGGGCGUUUUGUUCGAUCAUUCGUAGACUUACACGUUUACGAUAGUAUUACACACAAUGUUUCGAUGAAUUCACGCAUAACAAUCACGUAAUAACUAUGUUACACAAGGUGUACCUCGUAAGCCAAAAGUUUGUAUUUUUUCCCUAAAGUAAAAUCAGCAGUGUUCCAAAAAUCAUUUAUCCGGUGGCACGUGAAAGUAUCAAUUCAGAAAUUUUUUUCGCCCUACAAAUCCUAUAAAAAUUAAAGUUAAACUUGACUCCCCAUCAUUUACGUACAACUUAUAUUUUUUAUAAAUUAACAGCGCAGCAGAGUAUUUCGUUAAAUUAAGGAAAAAGACGUUUUGCUUGAUUCGUUUUCGUUUAUUCACGUAUAGACAUAUUAUAUAGUUUAUUCUGUAAAUAAUUAAAUAUAAAUAC